AUGUGGAGGAUGCAUCAGGAAUCCCGAACACUGUCACCGCACGGAGACGGGCUUGUUACGUGUCUGGGUCCUGAGGAAGUUAAUCUACGGGCAGUCGUGCCACGGGAAAAUAAACGCCGUGGUUUGUUGUUGCACGUGAGAACUGGUGAUCCAUUUGUUGUUGGAUUUGAGCAUCCGAAACAGCAGCAGCAGCAGAUGCUGGAAACAAGUGCACCGGCGGGAUCGCCAGUGGGAUCUCCGGCCUCGCGAACCAGUGCUGCAAUGGACGAGGACUGCAUUGAUGAUGUCAAGAGGGAUCCUCUGGUCCACCAGCCGCGGAUUGAUGACGACGAGGAAGAUACUGAUGAUGUUGAGACCGCGGAAGUUGUAAAUAGGACGAGACUGUCGUCAUCAAGAGACGCGGCUGACGACGAGGAGGAAGAUGAUGAAGAUGAGGCUCACGAGAGAAACGGUUGCAAUUACGACGAGGACGAAGAUGUCGAAGUCGACGUGUGUCGCGAAGCUGAAAGCAACCCAAGCAGUCCCGUUGACUUGACGGCUUCCUCAAGAACAAUCAGCAUAAAUGAACAAUUUAGUCCUUUUGGGAAUCGCACUGUUGGAUUGCUCUCGUGCUUACCGUCCAGUGGAAGUGGUGGUGCUGGUGGUAUUGCUAGUAGUGUUGGUGGUUGUGGUAUUGGUGGUGGUAAUAGUGGUAAUAAUGGUGCUGUUAUUAGUUCUGGUGGUAAUACCAAUGGUAUAAAUGUUGCUGGACACACAACAACUCCAAUGACGCCUUAUCUAGCAACUGGACAUGCCGCUGGGUCAAUGGUUACGAGUAUUUGUAAUCCCGCGAAUCAGUUAUCACGAACAAAUUGUAGUAGUUCAUUAGGAAGUGGUGGUAAUUGUUUAACGAAUACUAAUGCUACUGUACAACCAAAUAAACGUGGACUCGCAUUUUCGGUUGAGAAUAUUCUUGACCCUCACAAGUUUACCGGCGGACGGGUUAUCCACGACAGGGGCCAUCGAAGACGACGUAGAACUGGUAGUUUACAUGAAGAUGGAGACUCGAGAGGAGAACUGUGUGGAAGCGGUCAAGAAGACGACAGUGUGCAUGACCAAGUAGAAGAUAUGGAAGAAGAAAUCGAUGAGGACGAUGAGGAUGAGGAUGAUGUUGACAUGCAGGGAGUCGAUGAUCGUGGGACACCAACAGUGACACGUGAUACCGCGUCAACGGGUUCGAAUGGCAGUAAAAAAAGGCAGUCUUCCUCGUCGUCAUCAUCUUCAGGUGGUGGUCAGAAUCCAUCUUGUCAAAGUGGUUCAGCACAAAAUGGCGGCAGCUCAUCUGGUGGCAAACCCCGACGUGCGAGGACCGCAUUUACUUACGAACAAUUGGUGGCAUUGGAAAAUAAAUUCAAGACCACGAGAUACUUGUCAGUGUGCGAGCGACUGAACCUGGCGCUGUCGUUAUCCCUCACGGAAACCCAAGUCAAAAUUUGGUUUCAAAACCGCCGGACCAAGUGGAAAAAACAAAAUCCCGGUCUGGAUGUCAACAGCCCAACUGUACCAACUACUCCCCCACAUCCUUCGCCCUACGCACCAGCCUUUCUUUUCGCCGCACAUCCACAUGCCCACCCACAUGCUCACUCGCAUCCACAUCAACAUCCGCACUCGCACGUGCAUCACGCACCACCACCCCCACCUCCACCAGGUUAUUACCAUCAUCCAGCUCCACCUUACGGGUCAUCAACGCCGAGCUUUUUCGGUCACCACUUGUCAUCAUCACCUGCUGUCACAGCCCCAACGCCAAUAAGUGUGUCAUCAGCCGCGACUACCUCCAACGUGGGUCUCUCAUUGUCGUCACAUCAUGUGCAUGCACACGCGCACUCACAUGCGUAG